GCCGAUCGAGUCCGCCUACGUCUCCCGUCGUUCACCUCCCGGCUCCCAGUCCCACUGCCUCUCUCGCUCUCUCGUGGCUUCCUGGCGGCGACUGGGCGAGCGCCGCCGCCCUCUUCGUCGGGCCCGCCCUUCACCGGCGACGUGCAUCCCUCCGGAGAAGAAUAUUGCGCUCACAUAACUGAAUAACUGAUAUUAGGAUGAGUCUCUGUACAAUAGCACGACGGCUAUGUCUUUCAAAACCAUCCUCUGGCAGUCGUCUUUCAGCAAUUUGGGCUCAUCUAUACAGCACUGAGGCUGCAAAGGACAUGGGUGCUAAGAAGUACAAGUACCCCGAUGUAUACGACCCCUACGGGCCUAUGCCGCCGCCUUCGGAGAAAGUCGUGGAACUAGCUGAUCGCAUCGCUGCUCUCCCUCCCGAGGAGAUCAAACAGAUUGCUCCAGCCCUUCUCCUCAGACUGAACCAGGAGCCGCCACAGGCGGUAUCUGGCCAGGGUUUCGGUUUCGGUGCCCAGGUCGGCUCUGGGGCAGGUUCUGGAAAGGCUGAGAAGAAAGCCGAGAAGACAGUCUUCGACGUCAGGUUGGAGAAGUUCGACGCUGCUGCGAAGAUCAAGAUCAUCAAGGAGAUCAGGACGUUUACGGAUCUGGGGCUGAAGGAGGCCAAGGAGCUGGUGGAGAAGGCCCCAGUCGUUCUGAAGCAAUCGCUCACAAAGGAGGAAGCGGAAGCGAUCAUAGCAAAGAUAAAGGCAGCUGGCGGUGUUGCUGUGAUGGAGUGAAUGAUAGAUGAUCAUCUAGACAUCACGCCUUCUUUUUUGUUUCAUAUUUUUGUUGCCAUGUUCAGGUAUUUGAGAUUGCACAUUGCAGUGCCACUGUGCAGAUGGAGGAAAUAGACUAGUUCACAGCUACGUUGGUAACAAGGGAGAGAUGGAGAGUAGAGAUUAGUUGCUAUGAUGAUAGUCAUGACUUGUUCUAGAAUAAGCAGUUCUUUGGGCUCUACACAGCUUUUCUGGUGGAGUGAAUGUAUGUGGCCAUCAGGGCCAACGAUAUGAAUCUUGUGCUCUUGUUGUAUCUGCUAUGAGUUAUAAACACUUCGCAGUUGCUUACGUACCUGAUAUCUUACGUCAGUUCCAUUGCAGUGU